AUGAAAGAAAUUAGGAGGGAGAUAAGUGAAGUUAGAUCGGACUUAGAAACAGUGAAGCAGCAGCAUGAAGAAUUAAGUAAAAAGGUAAAAGAGAUGGCGAAAAACCAGGCUAAGGCAGUUGAAGACACGCGCGCGCACGGACACGCGCGCGCACGGACACGCGCGCGCACGGACACGCGCGCGCACGGACACGCGCGCGCACGGACACGCGCGCGCACGGACACGCGCGCGCACGGACACGCGCGCGCACGGACACGCGCGCGCACGGACACGCGCGCGCACGGACACGCGCGCGCACGGACACGCGCGCGCACGGACACGCGCGCGCACGGACACGCGCGCGCACGGACACGCGCGCGCACGGACACGCGCGCGCACGGACACGCGCGCGCACGGACACGCGCGCGCACGGACACGCGCGCGCACGGACACGCGCGCGCACGGACACGCGCGCGCACGGACACGCGCGCGCACGGACACGCGCGCGCACGGACACGCGCGCGCACGGACACGCGCGCGCACGGACACGCGCGCGCACGGACACGCGCGCGCACGGACACGCGCGCGCACGGACACGCGCGCGCACGGACACGCGCGCGCACGGACACGCGCGCGCGCACAGACACGCGCGCGCGCACAGACACGCGCGCGCGCACAGACACGCGCGCGCGCACAGACACAGGCGCGCGCACAGACACAGGCGCGCGCACAGACACAGUGGCGCUGGUGCCUAAAGAGGAACAGUGCCCUAUUGUAGGACCCCUGCAGUGUAGCAGUGGACAGAAAGCAGACACCUUGCAAUCAGUGCCGAGGUUGGGGACUCCAGGCGCUGGAGGUGCGCCGGAGGACGGCACAGCAAUCAGAGGGCGCGUCUGGCGGCUGAAGGGCGCGUGA